CCGCGGAGCGGCCUCCGCAGCAUCAUCAUCCUCCUCCUCCUCCCCAGCGACGCCGUCGGCACCUUGCGCGGUGCGUUCUGCGGCCUCCUGCCCGGCAACGGGCUCCAUGGUAAAAUCUUGCUCAACAAACCUCAAACGCUGAACCCUCCGAGAAGGACGUGUGCAAUGUGUGGACACUGUAUACCAAGGUGAAUCCAGCUAAGAAUGGGAGACUCUAGAGACCUCUGCCCUCACCUCGAUUCCAUAGGUGAGGUCACCAAAGAGGACUUACUCCUCAAAUCCAAGGGGACUUGCCAGUCAUGUGGAGCAGGAGGACCGAAUCUCUGGGCCUGUCUUCAGGUUGGCUGUCCUUAUGUUGGGUGUGGGGAAUCCUUCGCCGAUCACAGCACCCUUCACGCACAGGCCAAAAAGCACAACCUGACAGUGAACCUGACCACCUUCCGGGUGUGGUGCUAUGCCUGCGAGAAGGAAGUUUUCCUGGACCAGAGGCUGGCGGCGUAUCCACCAGCCCCUCCGUCCAAAUUCUCGGAGCAGGGUUCUCCAUUACCUUCUCACCCUCUGAAGGCAGUCCCCAUCGCAGUGGCUGAUGAAGGGGAGUCCGAAUCUGAGGAUGAUGAUCUAAAACCUCGAGGCCUCACUGGGAUGAAAAAUCUGGGGAACUCCUGCUACAUGAAUGCCGCCCUCCAGGCACUCUCCAACUGCCCGCCCCUGACUCAGUUCUUCCUGGAAUGCGGAGGGCUGGUUCGCACUGACAAGAAACCUGCACUGUGUAAAAGUUACCAAAAGCUGGUCUCUGAGGUCUGGCACAAGAAACGCCCAAGCUACGUGGUUCCCACCAGUCUGUCCCAUGGAAUCAAGUUGGUCAACCCCAUGUUCCGAGGUUAUGCACAGCAGGACACACAGGAGUUCCUCCGCUGCCUCAUGGACCAGCUCCACGAAGAGCUAAAGGAGCCGGUAGUGGCCGAGACGAGAGACUCUGACUCCAGCGACACAGACGAGAAGCGGGAGGGAGACCGGAGCCCCUCCGAGGACGAAUUCCUCUCCUGCGACUCCAGCAGCGACAGAGGGGAGGGGGACGGGCAGAGCAGGGGGGUGGGCGUGACCACCACGCUGGCGGAGACCGAGCUGCUGAUCCAGGAUGAAGCGGGUAGGGGGAUCUCGGAGAAGGAGAGGAUGAAGGACAGGAAAUUAUCCUGGGGCCACCGGCGAACAAGCUCCGAGCAGGUCGAUGAGGACGCCGAUGUCGAUACCUCCGUGACCGCCGUCGAUGACCGCCGCCCGCCCGCCGAAGCCCUUCCCUCUCCACGCUCCACCAGUCCGUGCCGGACACCAGAGCCAGACAAUGAUGCUUACAUGCGCUGUUCCUCCCGCCCCUGCAGCCCGGUCCACCAGGAUACCCACUCUAAACUGUCGAGCAGCCCGCCGCGCUCCAGCCCUGUGAGAGUGGGACCAUCCUACAUCCUAAAGAAAGCCCAGGUGCUGACUGCCGGGAAAAAGAAGAAGGAGCUCCGAUACCGCAGCGUCAUCUCCGAUAUCUUCGAUGGCUCCAUCCUCAGCCUGGUGCAGUGCCUCACCUGUGACAGAGUGUCCACCACUGUGGAGACAUUUCAGGACCUGUCACUGCCCAUCCCGGGUAAAGAGGACCUGGCCAAGCUGCACUCGGCCAUCUACCAGAACGUCCCGGCCAAGCCGGGGGCCUGCGGGGACGGCUACGCGGCCCAGGGCUUGAUCGCCUACAUCAUGGAGUACAUCCGACGGUUUGUGGUGUCCUGCAUCCCCAGCUGGUUUUGGGGCCCCGUGGUCACCCUGGAAGAUUGCCUCGCCGCUUUUUUUGCCGCAGAUGAGCUGAAGGGAGACAACAUGUACAGUUGCGAACGGUGUAAGAAGUUGCGAAAUGGGGUGAAGUACUGUAAAGUUCUCCGGCUGCCUGAGAUCCUGUGCAUUCACCUGAAGCGCUUCCGGCACGAGGUCAUGUACUCCUUCAAAAUCAACAGCCACGUCUCCUUCCCCUUGGAAGGGCUCGAUCUGCGACCCUUCCUUGCCAAGGAGUGCGUCUCUCAGAUCACUACCUACGACCUCUUAUCCGUCAUCUGCCACCACGGCACAGCGGGCAGUGGCCACUACAUCGCCUACUGCCAGAACGUGAUCAACGGCCAGUGGUACGAGUUUGACGACCAGUACGUCACCGAGGUCCACGAAACGGUUGUUCAGAACGCAGAAGCCUACGUCCUGUUCUACAGGAAGAGCAGCGAGGAGGCCAUGCGGGAGCGGCAGCAGGUGGUGUCCCUGGCCACCAUGAAGGAGCCCAGUUUGCUGCAGUUCUACAUCUCCCGCGAGUGGCUCAAUAAAUUCAACACCUUUGCCGAGCCGGGGCCCAUCACCAACCACACCUUCCUCUGCUCUCACGGGGGCAUCCCUCCUAAUAAAUACCAUUACAUCGAUGACCUGGUGGUCAUCCUGCCCCAGAACGUGUGGGAAUAUCUGUACAACAGGUUUGGGGGCGGCCCAGCCGUGAACCACCUGUACGUGUGCUCCGUCUGCCAGGUGGAAAUCGAAGCCCUGGCGAAGCGCCGGCGGAUCGAGAUCGACACCUUCAUCAAGCUCUAUUCCUCGUCCCCCCGCCAUCAGCUGAACAAGGCGUUUCAGGCAGAGGAGUCUCCCAGCGUCAUCUACUGUAUCAGCAUGCAGUGGUUUCGAGAGUGGGAGGCCUUCGUCAAGGGCAAGGACAAUGAGCCUCCGGGGCCCAUUGACAACAGCAAGAUCGCCCUGCUCAAGGGAGGAGGUCACAUCCAGGUCAAGCAAGGGGCUGACUACGGGCAGAUUUCGGAGGAGACCUGGAUCUACUUGAACGCCCUGUAUGGCGGGGGACCGGAAAUCGCCAUCCGGCAGAACGUGGCCCAGCUGCAGGAGCCCGAGAGCCUCCACGGGGAGCAGAAGAUCGAGGCCGAGACCCGGGCGGCCUGACCGGCGUCGACCGACCCGUCCCCCGUGACGAUCUCCUCGGAGGGUGGUGGUGACCACCUCAGAAGAGAGGCUGAGCACUUUGGAACUCAAAUGCGUCAAGAGGCAGAAACAUUGUUUUGGUUCUCAGUGAGUAAUGCUGCACCUAGGAAAUAUAUUACUCGUAAGCUUGCUGAAGCGCCAAGACUUUGUUUGUAACCUUUGUCUUUGUUCUUGUUCUGGCGGAGCACAGGUUAAUAAUAGUCGUCCCCGAGACUUGUCCUCUUCUAGCCCUCAGCAACCCUGACAGGUGAGCCCCGGCUUUGGAGACCCAAGAUCUGGGUCCUUCCGCCCCCAGACUUGUAAUCCGGCUCCCCGUGCAGGAGCGUCUGAGAGGAGGGCGCUGGAGGCAUCGUCCCCAGAUGGGCAGUGGGUUCCGACCGUACGUUCCGUCCGACGUCCCGACACCCUCAGAGGGCGGCGUCCGGCGGAACUGAAACCCGGAGGGGAAGUCGACAGUGGGGUGAGUGGUGACGGAGCCAGGCCGGGGCAGAUGAAGUUGCAGCGUUUAGUUCACUGACGUGGUCGCAUACAGGCGGCGCGGGUUCGGGUUCCAGGAGAGCCUUGGGCGGCCGGCUCGGAGGCCGCGGGGCGGCAGGGAGGGAGCGACCGCACGCUGCAGAGCCAGGCUGACCUUUAUAAGAGCCUUUCCCUGUUCCCGAGGGGCGAGGGGACCCUCGGCUCUCCCGAUCCACGUCAGCUCUCCCCCCUCCUCCACCUGCUGUGCUCCGCUCUCCAGGGGUUGCAGCGGGAGCGAACGUCUCUCGAGCUCCAGUGACAAGAAAGAUACCUCACCCGUCCGGUUCCGUGGCUGCUAGUGCAGUUUUCCUUUGGGGCGGCUACCUCGGCGAGGAGGGUGGCACAGCACCCCUUCCCCUCUCCCCUCCCACUCACCCCCAAGCGACUUCUCCCCGAGGCCUGGAGAGUCGAGCCCAUCUGCCUCCACGGCCGUGGUUUCGAUUUUUGCCCGGGCCCCGCUCUGCUCCGGUGAGGGCCCCCAGCCGGCUCAGCGAUCGGCUCAGAUCGCCGACCGGGCCGCGGACACUCACGCUCGCUGGCGGCUGACUCUCCAAGGGGUCCGAAGGAGGUAGGGGACUCUCCAGGGUCAGAAAAGGCUGAGGAGUCAGAGAGAAUGGAGGAGGAAUUCGGAGCUAAGACUUCCAGCCUCUUUCUCCGACCUCCGGCCUUUCCUGAAGUGAGCCGGAGGUGAAAUCCCUGCAGGUUGUCCUUCAAAGGGAGCCGCCCGUGACAUCCGCCAGUGGUUCCUUUGUAACCCUGUUUCCCCGGGCCCCGGCCUCUACCCGGCAAGAGGGCGGGUCGAUGGGGGAGCCAGCUCCGGUCGGCGUCUGCAGCCGUCCGGGCGAGUUGCUGCGGCGAGCGACGAAUGUACUGCAGAGCCUCUAGGUCUGCGUGUGACUGUAUUGUUUGUGUUGUAGAAAUUCCGCUGUAUAGACUGUAACGAGUCCUCUAGCUUGUGCUCGGAGCGUCACGGCCAAAUACAUGUGCAUUCAUCA